UGCAACAUACCCGUAUGCUUGCGUAUGGGUCUACCAUGAGAUCCCGGCGAUCGCGCAUAGACGGGGCAUCGGAAUCCUGGAAUGAUUUACAGUGCGACCAUGAGCGGUAUCCUCCUGAACAGCCAAAGGCCCGUUUUAAUCAAGCCGGUAGUACCUGCGCCCACUACCGCCACGAAGAUGACGAAGAAUGUUUCCCGCACAUGGGACCGACUCGGCCGGCUGAAGUUGAAGUACUCAGGAUCUACCGUGACCUGCAUGUCGAUUGGUCCCGAUUUGAUGUGGCGAUACAAGUAUGUGGACUCCAAGGGCGGCAGCUUGAAACCGAAAGGAGUUCGUUCCCUCUGCUCUGGCGACACUACUUCCAUUGGCGUGAGCUCUGAAGCAGGAGGAGGAAGUGCAGAAUAUGCUGGGGCUUCGAUGAGCCUGUCAAGCCACAUAUCGACGCGGCUAUUUGCAAAGCUGCAUUGGCAUGGUAGUGAGACGUGCGAGGGCGUGCGAUUCCAUGAUGCACACUCACCGCGAGUCAUCGAGCAGCUUCUUCAGGCUAUCCGCGACGAAGCCUAUCUCGUACAGGUAAGCAUGUCGAACCACAGGCGAAUACAUGGGCAUGAGCCCGAACAAUCCGACAAGUAGGCUGGAAAAUAAAUACGGGAGGAAGAGCAUAGUGGAUAAAAUACAGCGGGAUGGGGGCGGGGCCCGUGGGGUAUCGCGAGCGGGAGUGUGUCGGACAAAAAAGAGGCUUGUGGUGGUUCGAAAGAGAGACCGCCAUCGCGUCGAGGAUAUGUUGGACCUCCUGCGCUGACGUCUGUCAAUGUCACGUGGAACUCGAAACAUACCGCUAAUGGCAACUGGCUUGCCUGUUUUGGCCGAGACAAAGCGCUCCCUGACGAGAAGUUUGAUUCAGGCGUUUUGACUACUGAUCAGGUGGCGCGUGGCCUUGCCUGGUCGAUCUGAAUGAGACAGGAGAG